AUGAAAUAGUUAGACUCUCGUUUACCGUCUGCUAUUCACAGUAGACGAAUUCUCACUUAGUUUACUUCAGCAUUAGAUAUAAGUAGAAUCAAUUUAAAAUCCCGUUCUUAAAUAAGAUGUAAAACAGAAGGAACAAUUCUAAAAACAGAACAUGGUACUUGUACUACUGAAGAUGAAUUUUUACCAAUCUUUGGGAGUGUUGACUUAUGGUCUAUUUUAGGUUAGAGAGAUUUCUAUUUUACUUAAUCUCCAAAAGAAAUAAAACUAUUACAACAAGCAGAAUGUGAAAUAAACUUAACUUUUAUGGACAUUCAAACUAUGAUUGCAGAAAUAGAGAGCGGGUACAUUACAUCAAAAGGAUAGUUAUGUUUCAAAUAAAAUUAGUUAUUAAAAUAAACUAAAUUACUCUAUAUCACUCCAAAAUAGAGUUAAUAAUGUAUAUACAUAUGUUUGAUAUAAGGAAUGUAAUCAAAUAUGGAAGUAUAAUAAAAUUUUAAAAACUUUUUACUCAAUAUUUGGAAAUGUGAAACUAAGAAAUUAUGUGCUGGUUGCUAUUUUGAAUAUAUUCACAUUUUGGUUUGGGAUUAUUUAAAACAAUAAACAUGGAUAAUAUCUGGAUAAGAUCUUGAUUUAUAACAUAUACGUUCAUGUUAAAAUUUUAGCAAUACAAAUACUUAAUAUAGAGGUAAAAAAGUAAGAAGAAUUCUAUUUAAUAGUAAUGAUAAUUAGAUGAAAGUAAAAAGUGCUUCUUUAAAAUAAUCUUUCCAUUAACCAAAAUUAGUGAUUGAAGAUAAAAUUAAUUUUGUUAUGGAUUUUAUUAAACCAAUUAUAUAAGAAAAAGAUCGAAUAAAUGAUGUAGUUGUUAUGAAAAAGACACUAUUAAGACCAAAAUCAAGUGUAGAUAGAAUGAACAGAAAAAAUUAAAAUUUGAUAACAAAAAUCUUCACUCCAAAGGCAAAUUAAAUUAGUAUUAAAAAUAAUAUUUAUAAAUGAUUUCACUUCCUUCAUUUAUUAAACAUCAAUUUGGUAUUCCUGAAAAACUCUUGAAGCAAAGAACAAAGAUGAUUAUAGAUACAGAUUCUGGAGGUGAUGACAUACAUGCUUUAUUGACAGCAUUUGAUUUAGCAGCCAAGAAAAAUAUAGAAAUUAUUGGUAUCACAUGCAUUAAGUAAUUAUCAAUAUUAUAUAAAAUAGUGGAAAUUCAUAAAUAGAUGAUGGAAUCAAGAAUAUUACAAUAGUCUAAAAAAUUGCUGGAAUUAAUGUUCCAAUUUAUAAAGGUUGUGAUAGAAACUUGAAAUAAAAAAUAACCUUAAGUUCUAAAUUUUUUGGUGAUGAUGGAUUAAGUGGACAUUAAGAAAAAUAUCUAAAAGAACUUAAUAUAUCAUAAUAUCCACUCUAACCUUAACAUGCUGUUGAUUUUUUGAUUGAAAGUGCCGUAAAAUAUAAAGAAGAAUUAAUAAUAAUAUGUUUAGGUGCUCUGACAAAUGUAGCUUGUGCAAUGAUGAAGACUGCAGAUUUUGAAGAAAAUAUAGGAUUAGUUAUUGGUUUAUGUGGUAACAUUUUAGGAUUGGGAUUCAUGAAUGAUGGAGUAGCUGAAUAUAAUGUACAUACAGAUCCAGAAGCUGCUCAUCUUGUCUUUAAAGUUUUAGCUAAGAAGCUUAUUGUAAUACCUUAUGAAGGAGUUAUUUCAGUAUCCGAAUUUACAGUAAUCAUAGCAUUUAAAAUCAGAUUACUAAAGUAUUUGAAUAAGAUACAACAAUCAAAGGCAAAUUCAUUAAAGAAAUUUAUGAAGGAAUGAAAAAUGCAAAUAAUAGAUAUGAUAUACAAGAUCCAUUAUGCAUUCUUGUAGCCACUAUGCCAGAUAUCAUCACUGAAUAUGUUGAAAGACCUUGUAAUGUUAUUCUAGAAGGUGAAGGAAGAGGAAUGAUUUCAGUAAAAUGGUUAGACAAAGAUCCAUAAGCAAGUAUCAAGCAUAAUUAUAAAUAAAUUAGGUUAAGUGACUUUUAUCUUAAAAGUUAAUGAGAAUCAAUUGAUCUAAACUCUAAGUAAUGUUGUAAAUUGA